UCCAUCUAGACGAUGCCAAACUUACAUAAAGAACCCAACUCCUCGAUGAAACCUAAUGAAUAAUAGGACAUGAGACUAGGUAUAUACUAGAACAGAGUCACCGACGCAAUUAUUACGCCCCAGUAACUCCUCAGCACGACAUACUUGCCUCGGGGAAAAUGUCUAGUUCGCCUUCAACAAUAAGGAUCGCCAUCAUAGGCGGCAGCUUGGCCAGUGUUGCCGUUCUGCGCGGUCUUCUGCGGCAUCCUCACAUUUCAGUCGACAUGUACGAACCGCGCCCUGCAUUCCGGGAUGAAGGCCCGGGGCUCUCCCUUACUACCACGAUGCAAGCCAUGUUGGCUGCUAUCGAUCCAGAACUAGAGCGAUGCCUUGAUCGCGCCGGUGCCAUCCUAACGACACCUGAGAUACGAGUCGCUGCAGGUCCGCACGCAGGAAGGGAGAUCAAGGUCAACGGCCAUGGGCCGAGGUGCAAGAAGAACGUCAGCCGUCAAGCCUUCUUGACCGAGAUGCUCAACGGUGUGCCGCCUCGGAUGAUGCAUCCUAGUACGCGAAUAACGUCCGUCACGGAGUCGUCUUCUGGACAAGGGCUACUGUUGACCUUCGCAGACGGGACGCAAAUGAUGUAUGACAUCGUCAUUGGCGCCGAUGGUCUUCAUGGUUUUACGCGGCGAUUGAUCUUCGGCGACGACCAAUCCUUAGUGGAGCCGCGUCCUACUGGAUUCUGGAGUUUACCAGUCAAGGUUCCCCUGAUGAGGGCACAACAGGCCAUGGGUGCGCAGUACUUGGAUCCGAUGAACCCAUACCAGGGAGGCUGGAUCGGAGAUGGAUUUAGUAUGAUAUAUAACCUUCUCGAUAACGGCAACGAAGUCGAGAUCGUCAUAUGCGGGAAGACCGACGGAACUGGAGAAGAGGAUGGUCAGAGUGGAGCGCAGUGGGCUAAACUAUUCACCCCCGACGAAUUCCAGGAGCUGUUUGCUAACAACCAGAUGCCGGUGUGCCAAGGCAUGGUGGAUCUCAUCCAAAGCGUCUACACCGUCCAAGUAGCUGCAAUAUGCCAAUUAGAACACAGACCCGCCCCAACUUUCGUAACGAAGAACAUCUGCCUGAUUGGCGACACCGCACAUAGCAUGCCCCCCUUCCAAGGUGCUAACACCGGCAUCGCCAUUGAAGAAGCCCUAAUACUAACCACGCUUCUCGCACGCCUGCCCUCUAAAGCUGCCAUCCCGGCCGCACUCCAGGCAUACGACCAGGUCUGUCGGCCACGUGCCGAACGCGCUGCUAGGUCUAGCGCCGAGACUGGGUUCCUCGUUACCGGACGCGCUCCGGGUGUGGGGCUUGAUGCGGAUUUGUUGCAGCUGCAUAUGCGCAAUAAAUUUGAUUUCAUGCUGGAUGGGGACAGUCAUACUCAUAGGGCUGCGGCGAGUCUGAUUAUGGAUCAAUUGCUUGCGGCUGGGUCGUCGUGGUCAUGAGGCGAGGUUUAUUUGUUUUAUGGUCUCUCAGCGUUCAUUUCCUCUCGUUAUAUUGUGUGACGGUUCUCUGGAUACUCGAAUCGGUCGAGCUUAGGAAUUUGUUAAAGGAUGGGAAAGUACUUUCUUUGUGUUGACUAU